AUGGCCACAACUACAGAGAAACAAGUCAUUCAACUCACUGCCCCAGCCAAUUUCCCUAUUAAAUUAAUGUCUUCCAACUUUCAAGUUUGGAGAAAGCAGAUUCAAGCCUCUCUUAUUGGACUUGAUUUACUCGACUUCAUUGACGGUACCUCCCCAGCUCCUGCUCAACUCCGUGAUACAGCACAAAAGGACCCUAAUCCAGAGUACACCACAUGGUUUAGACAAGAUCAAACCAUUCUCAACGCCAUUUUAGGGAGCUGCUCCGACCCUAUCCAACCGUUAAUCUCUUCCGCGGCAUCCUCCGUUAUCGCCUGGGAACGAUUGACUACAACUUUUGCAAGCUCGUCGCCAUCUUGCAUUGUCUCACUAAAAACCAAACUGGCUUCUAAUCCUCAAAAUGGUCGUCCAGUUGAAGAAUAUAUUGAUGAAAUGUUCAAUAUUGUUGAAGCUCUUGCACUUGCUCAAAACCCAAUUACUGAGGAAGACCUGGUAAUCUACAUUCUUACUCAACUCAAUGAUGACUAUGAUCACAUAGUCCCUGCCCCACGUAUACGACCAAUCCCUAUUACAUUCUCAGAACUCAAGGACGUGCUCACAGAAUUUGAAAGGCAACAGAAGAAGAAAGAUGCUGCUAGACAAUCGCUGGUUGCUACGGUCAAUACCACCCAACGCCAGUCUAGUUUUUCACAAAAUAGUCGAAAUGCUUACAAGUCCAACCGGAAUAAUAAUGGUCAGCAGUCUUAUCAAUACCCACGGUCCAACAACUCCAAUCAACGGCGCCGAAAUGUGGUAUGCAAAUUCUAUAAUUUCAAUGGCCAUGAAGCUCGGGAAUUCCGUAAGCUGCAACGCUUUUUGAGAGACAAUAAUGUCUCUACAGAUGAUAGGUUCGGGAAAAAUCCCGCAGUGAACACUACAACCGUGAACUCUCAGUCGCCAUGGUUGUUUGACUCAGGUGCGUCCCGUCAUGCCACCUCGGACCCUUCUAUGCUACAGUCUUUCUCUAAGUACGGUGGACCGGAUGAGAUCCAUUUGGGUGACGGUAAUUCUCUGUCUAUAUCUCACACUGGAUCGGCUCACGGGGGCGCCACUUCUACACAGGAGGAACGUCCAGGAUGUGCACUAUCACAGACGCGGAGUUCCCCGAUAGAUGUGGCGAGCACCAAAGGUGACAAGCUUAUUCCUUAUCUCAUUUUCUCUCCUACACCAGCUGUACCCAUAACAAUGUAUCCACCGUCCCAAACUCAUGCUGAUUCACCUGCUGCCUCACAUAAUCACAAUACUCACCCUGAUGCCACGCAGUCCCAUAACUCUACAAACUCUCAACCGUCAUCUGAACACACUCCCAUAAUGCCGCAACCCCCUCUCGCCCAUCACCAUUCUGCUACCAGUAUGCCUUGUUCCAGUUAG